GGAGAUUAGAGGUAGAUGAUUAUCCUCGGUUUAACGAGGGUCUGCGGAACCCGCUGGCUGAAUCAUUGGGACUUCACAAUGCAGCUGGUGUGCACCUUCCUGCUCCUCUGUGCUCUCACUAUACAGAAAGGCAGGGCCUUACAGUGUUACACGUGUGUGGGCUCCAGUGACCAGGACUGCAACCGCCAAGGAACUCAGCAAUGCCCCCAAGAGUCAGACGCCUGUGCCAUCAUGCGCGGCCAGUCUAGCGGAGUCAUGAAGUCCUGCUCCUAUAAGUCAUUCUGCGACCGAGCCAUGCGCGACGGUAACAGGGCGCCCGGAAUGCGCGUCCAAUGCUGCUUCUCCAACAACUGUAACAGUGACAGCAAAGGGUCCGGCAGCCAACUCAGCGCCAGUGGUGUCCGCCUCCUACUCUCUGUGGCGUUGGGUUUCUGCCUCCUAUUCAUCAGCUGAGGACUGGGUCGGAUUGGCCUACCAGAGUACCAGACGAUCUCCAGGUUGACCCCAGCCAAGGACAAUUCCCAUCAGCCCUUCCUUAUUUCCACCCUAGGUCUAUAGCUAACUGUCAUGAGAGUGGGCCCUCAGUGUCAGGUUCCCUGGUAUGCCCUAGGUCGCCCAGUCUGUGGAGUCUCCCAACAUACUGUCCUCUUCUGCUACUGGACUUACAUGAUCCUACCAAGUCCCAUUCCAAAAACAACAACUGAGAUGGUUAGAGGCUUCUCUACAAAGAAAGCCAUAGAGAUACAUAUACAACUAUCCAGAAAAUCAGUAACUAAACCACAACUGUUGUUUGGCUUCUCCUGACCAAAGGGACUGCAUAGAACACGUCUUAUUUACUUACUGUUCCAAAAAUAUAUGAACAAACCAUGAAUGAGUAUAAUGUUACAUAAAUAAAGUUAUUCAUUCUGAAAUGAUCAAACA